AUGCGCGAGCUCGUCACCCUCCAAGUCGGCCAGGCCGGCAACCAAGUCGCCACCUCGUUCUGGGAGACCGUCCUGAAGGAACACGGCCUCUCGAACGACGGCCAGCUCGACCCGACCGCGACCCACCUCCAGACCGACCGUCUCGACGUCUUCUUUGCCGAGGCCGCCAAGCACAAGUACGUCCCGCGUGGCCUGCAGAUCGACCUCGAGCCCGCAACGCUCGACGCCGUCAAGGCGAGCAAGCUCGGCGGCCUGUUCCGCCCGUCCGGCUUCAUCAAUGGCUCGUCGGGAGCUGGCAACAACUGGGCAAAGGGCUACUACACCGAGGGCGCCGAGCUCGUCGAGUCGAUCAUGGACCAGCUGCACCACGAGACCGAGGCGUGCGACAGCCUGCAGGGGUUCCAGAUGUUCCCGGACCGCAUGCUCGCGACGUACUCGGUCCUGCCGUCGCCCAAAGUGUCCGAGACGGUCGUCGAGCCGUACAACGCCAUCCUGUCGUACCACCAGCUCAUCGAGAACGCCGACCUGGUGUUUGCGUUCGACAACGAGGCCCUGUACGACAUCCUCGGGCGGACGCUCAAGGUGUCGAACCCAACGUACCCGCAGCUCAACGGCCUCAUCGCCAAGGUCAUGAGCGGUAUCACGACGCCGUUGCGCUUCCCCGGCCAGCUCAACUCCGACCUGCGCAAGUUGGCGACCAACAUGGUGCCCUUCCCGCGCCUGCACUUCCUCACGACGUCGUACGCGCCGCUCGUCUCGCCGGCCGGCGCGACCUUCAACAAGCUCUCGGUCGCCGACCUGACGCAGCAGCUGCUCGACCCGAGCCACAUGAUGGCGGCGAGCGACGUGCGCGAUGGCAAGUUCCUCACGGCGGCGGCCUACUUCCGCGGCGAGAACGUGUCGAGCGCGGCGGUCGAGGAGGCCAUGACGGGCGUGCAGCAGAAGAACGCGUCGUACUUUGUCGAGUGGAUCCCGCACGCCGUCCAGACGGCCCUCACGUCGGUCCCCUCGCGCGACUCGCCCCUGUCGGCCACGUUUGUCUCGAACAGCACGUCGGUGCAAGGGCUCCUCCGUCGCACGCACGCCCAGUUUGCGAGCCUUUUCCGGAGGAAGGCGUUCCUUCACUGGUACACAGGCGAGGGCAUGGACGAGCUCGAGUUCACCGAGGCAGAGUCGAACGUCAUCGACCUCGUCGCCGAGUACCAGCAGUACCAGGAGGCCGGGAUCGACGACGACGAGGAGGACGAGGUCGGGCUCGAGUACGAGGAGUCGGCCCGGCACCACCACCACCACCACCAGCAGCACCCUCGGCACAUGUACAACCGCAACUCGCGCCAGACGGGCGCAAACGAGGCGCCCCUCCCGCCCGUUCGUCGCUGGGGCGGCGCAGACGGCGGCGGCGGCGGCGGCGGGCCUCCCCCUCCUCCUCCUCCUCACGGCGGUGGCGGCAUGCGCGACGGCUACGGCGGCGGCGGGUACGGCAACGGCGGCGGGGGCGGUGGGGGUGGAUACGGGCGCGACGACCGCGGCCCGCCGCCGCGCGACGACUUUCGGAGCGGGCCUGCGCCGGGAGGGUACGGCAUGAGGGACGAGAGGGGCUACGAGGGCAGUGGUGGCGGUGGCGGCGGGUACGACGACCGAGGGCGGCCGAGGAGCCGGUUCGACGAGCGGCCCAUGCCGUCGUCGCCUUACGGCGGCGGCAGCUCGGCACCUGCUCCUCCUCCUCCUGCGUCGGCGGGCCUCCCGCCCAUGCCCGCCGCGCACGGCAGCGAGUCGCCCGCUGCGCCGACCGGCGAGCGCAAGCGCAAGAGCCGGUGGGGCGACAAGAGCGAGGACUCGGCCAUGCCGGUCGCCAUCACGGGCGGCGUUCAGGAGCGCGACCUGGAGACUUAUGCCGGCGCGUCCUCCUCUUUCCCCUUGCAACUUCGCCUCGACGAGAUCCAGCGCGCGCUCCGCACGGGCCAGGUCGUCCCGCCCGACGGCCAGCGCUCGCCCUCGCCGCCGCCAACGUACGACGGCCACGGUCGUCGCACCAACACGCGCGAGGUGCGGUACCGCAAGCGCCUCGAGGACGAGCGCAUGCGCCUCGUCGACCGCCAGAUCAAGCUCGACCCCAACUUUCGCCCGCCGGCCGAGUACAUCAUGGCCAAGCGCCAGUCGAGCGGUCGCCCGCAGGACAAGGUCUACAUCCCCGUCAAGGAGUUCCCCGAGAUCAACUUCUUCGGCCUGCUCGUCGGCCCGCGCGGCAACUCGCUCAAGAAGAUGGAGCGCGAGUCGGGCGCGCGCAUCUCGAUCCGCGGCAAAGGGUCGGUCAAGGAGGGCAAAGGUCGUCCGGGCCACCGCGAGGAGGACGAGAACGACGAGCUGCACUGCCUCAUCUCGGCCGACACCGAGGAGAAGGUGCAGGGCUGCGUCAAGCUCAUCAACUCGGUGAUCGAGACGGCCGCGUCGGUUCCCGAGGGCCAGAACGACCACAAGCGCAACCAGCUGCGCGAGCUCGCGGCGCUCAACGGCACCCUGCGCGACGACGAGAACCAGGUCUGCCAGAACUGCGGCGGUCUCGGUCACCGCAAGUACGACUGCCCCGAGCAGAAGAACUGGAGCGCCAACAUCAUCUGCCGCAUCUGCGGAGGAGCCGGCCACAUGGCUCGCGACUGCACGCAGCGUCGCGGUCCCGGCUUUGGCGGGCCCGGCGGCGGCCCUCCCGGUUUCCCGCCUGUGCCCGGCCCCGACGGCGGCCCGCCCUCGGUCGCGCAGCAGUUCGACUCGGAGUACGCGUCGCUCAUGGCCGAGCUCGGCGAGACGACGGCGGCGCCGCCCAUGUCGGGACCUGGUGGCGGCGGCGCCGGCGGUGGACCUGGUGGGCCGGGCCCGAUGAUGGGCGGCGCGCAGGGCAUGCAGCAGGAGCCGCGCGACGAGCAGGGCAACAAGAUCCCGCCUUGGCGCAUCCCGUCCAACUGGAACCCGCCGAUGAACAUGCAGUUCAACCGCGGCCCUCCCCCUCCUCCUGGGCAGCGCCCUCCUCCUCCGCCGCCUCCCGCUCCUUACGGCGGCGGUCCUCCCGGCCAGCAGAUGGGCGGCGCCGGAUACGGCGGGUACCCGCAGGGCAACUACGGCGGCGGCGGUGGCGCGCCUUACGGCGGUGGCGGGUACCAGCAGCGUGGACCGCCGCAAGGCUACGGCGGCGGAGGAGGACCGCCUCCUGGGUACGGCGGCGGCGGCGGCCCCGGCUACUGA